UGAUGGUUCUUGUUCUUGCUUCUUCCAGAGUGGUUGCGGUCGUUGAUGAGGGACCAAAAUGUUCUUCAUACUGUGGAGAUAUCCACAACAUCUCCUACCCUUUUCGAUUAAAAGGCGAUCCCAGUAAUUGCGGUGAUUCUUUCUAUGAACUCACUUGCGAGAACAAUCAAACAAUCUUGCUGAUUAACUCCCAGAAAUAUGUCGUCAAGCACAUCUAUUACGAAGCUUUGCAAAUUCGAGUCGUCCAUUCUGCUAUAGAGAAGGACAACUACUGCCCCUCUCCACCGACUGUCCUGAAGCCAAGUGAACUCUUGCUUGCUAAUCCAAUCGUCUGGGAUACGCCUUUGUUGUCGUAUGGCAAUAUUGUUUUCGUGAAUUGUUCAGCUCCGGUGGAAGACAAUUUCUACUACAUACCCUCUGCUACGCCUUGCCCUUUCAACAACAACAGAAGCAAUAGUUCCUCUUCUUCUUGGCAUAUUUACUCUGUUUUUACGAACUGGUCUGAGUACUACCCAUCAGCAGCAACGACUGCUUGGAAUCUCCAAAAGAACUGCAACGUCAUUGCUGCUUUUUCAGUUGCUGAUCCAAUGAUUUGUAGAGAAAAUUUCAGUCGUCAUGCCCUGAAUCAUUCCUACAUUCGAUCUAUUCUACAGACGGGCUUUGAUCUAUCAUGGGAUGAUCCCUUACAUUUAUGCAGAGACUGCUGGGUUCAUGGGGUCGACUGUUUUGAUACCUCCAAUCAGGAUUAUUCAUAUGACGGUUUGGAACACAACUCGGAUUGUCUUACUUACUGCUACAAGAAGAGAUUUUCAUCUCUUCGCUAUUAUCCAAAAAUAUUGCCUACCAUAAUUAAGAAUCAUUCUUUAAAGGGUGACGAAGUACUCAUAUUAAUUAAUGUAUCUGUUUCUCCACCUGCAGCAUGUUACAUUUUAGGAGGAAGGGAGCUCAUUGGCAUUUUAUGUAUUUCUGCAUUUUUGUUCCGUAAAUUUAGAAGAAGGCAUUUAUGGAUGGAUACUACAGUUGAAGAGUUCUUAAGUAGUUACAAGAAUCAAACCCCAACAAGGUACUCUUAUGUCCAUAUCAAGAAGAUGGCUAACAAUUUUAAAGAAAAAUUAGGCGAAGGAGGCUUUGGCUCAGUGUUCAAAGGAAAGCUCACAAGUGGAAGUCUAGUUGCAAUAAAGAUGCUUGGAAAAUCCAAAGCAAAUGGGCAAGACUUCAUGAAUGAAGUUGCUACUAUUGGAAGAAUUCAUCAUGUCAAUAUUGUCAGACUAAUUGGGUUUUGCUCUGAGGGAUUAAAAAGAGCUCUUAUCUAUGAAUUCAUGCCUAAUGGGUCUUUGGAUAAGUAUAUAUAUUCCCAAGAAGGCGACAUCAACGAUAUAUUAAGUUGGGAAAGGACAUAUGAGAUUGCGUUAGGGAUAGCUCGCGGGAUCGAAUAUUUGCAUCGAGGUUGUGACAUGCAGAUUCUUCACUUUGACAUUAAGCCUCAUAACAUUCUUCUUGAUGAGAAUUUUCAACCUAAAAUUGCAGAUUUUGGACUUGCAAAAUUGUACCCAACAAAUGACAACACAGUGUCAGUCACUGCUGUUAGAGGAACCAUAGGGUACAUGGCCCCAGAACUAAUUUACCCUAACAUUGGAGGCGUAUCAUACAAAUCUGAUGUUUAUAGUUUUGGAAUGAUGUUGAUGGAAAUGGCAGGGAGAAGGAAAAAUUUGAAUGCAUUUGUGGAGAAGACAAGCCAGAUUUACUUCCCAUCAUGGGUUUACAACAGGCUUGAACAAGGGGAAGACAUGGAAUUGAGAUAUAACACAGAGGAUGAGAAGGAAAUCGCGAAGAAGUUGAUCAUUGUGGCAUUAUGGUGCACUCAGCUAAAGCCUGUGGAUCGUCCUUCUAUGACCAAAGUUAUGGAGAUGCUAGAAGGGAGUCAGGAACUUUUAGAAAUGCCACCAAAGCCUUUCUUAGCUACUGAUGAACAAUCAUCAGUACCUAGCGAAGCUGCAGGUCCAACAAUCCUAAGCAUGAAUACAAUGGAGUUCUCAAUCACUGCCAGAUCAUGAUCAGUCUUGUCUUCUCUGCAAAUUGGGUACUGCUUCCUUAUUUAGUUUAUGUUGUAUUUGGUAUUUUAAAAUCAUCCUU